AUGUUAUCUGUCACUUUCAAAGCUUCCACACGGUUGCGCUUUGCGUCGACCGCAGGUCAUAGCUUGCGGUCUGCAGUGGGCCUGCGUCAAUUCCAUGGAUCCCUGAAGUCCCAAGAGCACUACUUGAAUGCUGAUGAAAAGGCAAGCACCUUUUCCUGUCCGUAUCAUAGCACCAGCUUGACUUUUGAAAAAGUCGCUUUGAACCCUGCGAAUGAAAAGGCCGUCCUGGUUGACUUUUAUGCAGAUUGGUGCAACCCUUGCAAGAUGAUUUCGCCCCUACUUAAAAAAUUGACCAGUGACGAGACAGUCAAAACUGGUAGCGGCCGUUCGCUUGACUUGGUCACGGUGGACACAGACUCAGAGUUCGACUUGGCAAAAAAAUACAAGGUGCGGGCGCUGCCCACAGUCAUAGCAUUCAAAGAUGGCCAGAAGGUUGACCAGUUUGUUGGAGCCCUGAAUGAAGAUGGCAUUCGCCAAUUCAUAGCCAAGUUGUAG